GAGCACUCUUUAAAAGAGGCUGUGAAAUAUUAAUUGAAUAUUUGAAAAACAGAAAGGUGCCUGGUGAGAAGAAACUACGAAAUGUAUAUUAGAUCUUAAUGUUAUUGAUUGCUUUCCUUACUAAAGAAGACAAAGAACAGUCUGCCUUAUUUGAAGAUAGAACAGCAGAGAAUAAAGAGGAUUGGUGUUUAAGAGUUGCUCAGCAUCUAUUUUCACAGCUUAGUUACUCAGGAGAGUACACUAUAGAUAGUGGUUAUGAAGGUUCCAACAGGAAAAGUUGUCCUUGUUCCAACAAAGAUGAGCUUGUUGGUAAAUUUGGUGACACAAGUUUUGGUUGCCGGACAUUAUGGCAUGGAAGUGCUGACCUGAUAUUUGGGGUGGAUAUGCCUGUAAAACUGGUCCAGGAGAACACUGACAUGUCCAAGUCUGAAUCAGCAAGCUCUGAUACAGUAGAAAUGGAAACAAGCAAUACAGAAAAUGACUUUAGUUUAAAUGAUAAAUAUGAGAUGAGAGGCCAGGUCAUAGGAUUUGGUUUUUAUGUCAACAAGUUAGAAAGGCAGAAAGAAAAUCCAAAGUAUUUUUUGACUCCACAUAUUGGUAUAUCAAAGGAGAAAAUCAAGUUCCUUUUUUAUGACAGUGCUCAUGAUGUGCUUUUAGAAACAUCUGCUCACAAACUCUGUUGUUAUGGAAAUCAGUUGAGUUAUCACAUUAUUCUAACAGUUUGGUUAGUUAUGAAUUACAAAUUGUUUGGAGGAGAAACGCCGGCUAUCUUAAGAAGAUACAAGUCUGGUUUUCACAGCAUGUUUCCAUCAAAAUUAAAAGUCUACAUAGAUGAUGUUAAAGCACCAUGCCAUGUAGAUUCAUCUUUACUAAAAGAAGAUCAUCUACCAAACUAUUGUAAAUAUGUUAGUUCAGAUGUCGUUGAAGUGAGAAGUGAGUAAAGCACUGCAGUUCAAAUCAGUUGAUGAUCUGUAAAGAACAUGAUGAUAAAAUUGUAUUGAAACUUAUUAUACAUGUACAUUGUUUAAGAGAAUAGGUACAAUAGUUCUUAAAGUUUAAGGCUCAUUAUUUAAAAGAAAAAGUAGUCUCUUUGGAAAGUACUGUACUUUUAUAUGUAGAAAGACUUUAAAUCUCCAGCAACACAUAAUCUGAAUGAUCAUAGACAGCUGAUAAGCAAAUGACUGUGUUAAUGGGUCCCAUCAGUAGUUUUGAAACAAUUUAAAUGGUAAAGCUUUAAUGAGAGUUUCUGUGCAUUGUUUGUUGUCCAUUGUAUGUUAUUUUUAGCUCGACUAUUCGAUAAGAAUAAGUAGAGCUAUUGCAGUCACCCGAGCGUCGGCGUAACCACUUAUGUUAAAGUUUUUGUAAUAGUUCAAAUAUUUUCAAAGUCCAUUGACAUAUGGCUUUGAAACUUUGCACACUUGUUCACCAUCAUGACCCCAACCUGUAGACAGGAGGAGGUAACUCUAUCAAGCAUUUUGACAGAAUUAUGCCCCUUUUUCGACCUAGAAUUUACGUUAAAGUUUUUGUAAUAGUUCAAAUAUUUUCAAAGUCCAUUGACAUAUGGCUUUGAAACUUUGCACACUUGUUCACCAUCAUGACCCCAACCUGUAGACAGGAGGAGGUAACUCUAUCAAGCAUUUUGACAGAAUUAUGCCCCUUUUUCGACUUAGAAUUUACGUUAAAGUUUUUGUAAUAGUUCAAAUAUUUUCAAAGUCCAUUGACAUAUGGCUUUGAAACUUUGCACACUUGUUCACCAUCAUGACCCCAACAUGUAGACAGGAGGAGGUAACUCUAUCAAGUAUUUUUACAGAAUUAUGCCCCUUUUUCGACUUAGAAUUUACGUUAAAGUUUUUGUAAUAGUUCAAAUAUUUUCAAAGUCCAUUGACAUAUGGCUUUGAAACUUUGCACACUUGUUCACCAUCAUGACCCCAACCUGUAGACAGGAGGAGGUAACUCUAUCAAGCAUUUUGACAGAAUUAUGCCCCUUUUUUGACUUAGAAUUUACGUUAAAGUUUUUGUAAUAGUUCAAAUAUUUUCAAAGUCCAUAGACAUAUGGCUUUGAAACUUUGCACACUUGUUCAACAUCAUGACCCCAACCUGUAGACAGCAGGAGGUAACUCUAUUAAGCAUUUUGACAGAAUUAUGCCCCUUUUUCGACUUAGAAUUUACGUUAAAGUUUUUGUAAUAGUUCAAAUAUUUUCAAAGUCCAUUGACAUAUGGCUUUGAAACUUUGCACGCUUGUUCAACAUCAUGACCCCAACCUGUAAACAGGAGGAGGUAACUCUAUCAAGCAUUUUGACAGAAUUAUGCCCCUUUUUCGACUUAGAAUUUACGUUAAAGUUUUUGUAAUAGUUCAAAUAUUUUCAAAGUCCAUUGACAUAUGGCUUUGAAACUUUGCACGCUUGUUCACCAUCAUGACCCCAACCUGUAAACAGGAGGAGGUAACUGUAUCAGGCAUUUUUUUUACUAUCAAGCACUAAGAAUAGUCGAGCAUGCUGUCCUACCGACAGCUCUUGUUUGUAAUUGUUGUUUUUAGUCUUCACUCUUCUAUUGUUUUUACCCUCUUUAUCAGUUACAGAUCUUUUUUCGGGGCGUACAUGGCCAAAUUUUUAAGGUCGUUGACUUCAAACCACUUCAACCUCACCGCUGUGGGUUUGAAUCCCUACAAAAACUUUGCAUUUAUUUGUGUGAGGAAGCUUUCACAGCCAGCUUAAGGAACAUUGGUGGUUCUACUCCAGUGCCCAUUUGUGUGUGAAAAAAUUUACAGAAGGGCACCUGAGGUCUUCUUCCACUAGUAAAGCUGAAAAGUCGCCAUAUGACCUAUACUGUGUUGGUGCGAUGUAAAACCCUCUUCCCCCCAAAUGAUGUAAAAAAAAGUUCCAGACAAUAAAAGAACUUAUAUUUGAUCAACAACCUUUAAAACUAUCUAGGAUGUUGGCCCUUAGGUCAAAGGUCAAGGUGACCUUUAAUGUUUAAACUAUUUCUCCUUUGUAACUUACCUUCUAUUAGUUCCACAUUC